AUGACCAACCAGCUCUCGCACGGCGACGCGCUCGAGGCGCUGGCCGGCUCCUCCCGCCCGGAGCUCGAGGCCGCGCUGGACCAGACCCUGGCGCUGCUGCGCGCCGCGCUCAAGGCGGCCCCAGACGCGGGCGCGCCCGACCUCACGCUGCAGCGGAAGGCGGCGCAGGUGGCCGCGCUCGCCGGCCAGGUGCAGCGACUGUGCUUCAGCGGUAGCAGCCCCGCCACGGCCAAGCAGUUCGAGCCGCUGCAGCCGAGCCACGACGCCAGCGACAACUGGGACGCCGCCGCCAAGCAGCAGGACGCGGCGGCGGCGGCUCCGCAGCCCUCGGUCUGGUCGGGCUUCUACAACAAGACGCUGCGCGAGCGCUUCGACGUGCUGGCGCUCAUGUACCCGCGGCUCAAGACGCUCAAGGCCCAGCAGUCGGCUGGCAGCGACGCGGCCACCGACAUUCUGCCGCCCUCGGACCCGGCCGCCAAGCUCGGCGAGCUGCCGCUGCGCACGGCCAACCUCAUGAUCGAGAACUGCAUCGGCGUGCUCGGAGUCCCGCUCGGUCUGGGCCUCAACUUCGUCAUCGACGGCAAGAGUCUGUCGGUGCCCAUGGCCGUGGAGGAGCCCUCCGUGGUGGCGGCGGCCUCCAGUGCCGCCAAGCUCGUGGCUGCUGCUGGCGGCGGCUUCCACACGGCCACGUCCGGCAACAUCAUGACGUCGCAGAUCCAGCUCGUGGGCACGGAAGACAUCCCGGCCGCCAUCGCUGCGAUCGAGUGCAACCGCGAGCGGCUGCUGUCGAUCGCCAACACGACGCUCUGCCCCAACAUGAAGAAGCGCGGUGGCGGCGCCGUCGACAUCUACUGCCGCGUGGUCAGCCAGGCAGCACGGGCGGCUGCCACGGCCGCUGGUGGUAGUGCCUGGUACAACCGAUGCGACGAUGAGCUCGUAGUGAACGCCUCCGAGCCUCAGACGCAGUUCCUUGUCGUGCACAUUGACGUGGAUGUGUGCGAAGCCAUGGGCGCCAAUAUCGUCAACACGGUGGCCGAAGGACUCUCCGAAGAGGUCUCGAAGAUCACGCGGAGCCGCGUGGGUCUGCGCAUUCUCACCAAUCUGUGCAUGCAGCGCCGCGCUCGCGCCACGUUCGAGAUCCCCCUCAAGAAGCUCGGCUGGAAGGGCGUGGACGGCGAGGAUGUGGCCAACCGCAUUAUCGAGGCCUACAACUUCGCGGCUAUCGACCCGUACCGCGCGGUGACCAACAACAAGGGCAUUAUGAACGGUGUGGAUGCCGUGGCCGUUGCCACGGGCCAGGACUGGCGCGCCAUUGAGUCGGCUGCGCACUGCUACGCCAGUCGCUCGGGGCAGUAUGCGUCGCUUUCGCACUACGAGAUCGGCCUGGCUGAGGACGGCUCCGGCACGCGCGUGCUGCGCGGCAGCCUGGAGAUGCCUAUCGCGGUGGGAUCCAAGGGAGGCGCGUUGAUGACCCACCCUGGUUACACCGCGACUCACGCGAUUCUGCAGCAGCCGACGGCUCGCAACCUGAGCGGCAUCAUCGUGAGUGUCGGACUGGCGCAGAACUUCGCGGCAAUUCGUGCUAUCGCCGUGACAGGUAUUCAGAAGGGCCACAUGGCUCUCCACGCGCGAAACAUCGCGGUAGCUGCUGGUGCGCCGAGCGAGCUGGUGUCGGAGGUGUGCAGCUACAUGCUGCUGCGAAAGUCGAUCAACGUGGAGACGGCGAAGGAGUACCUGCACGCGCACGCCGUGUUCUCUGAGAUCCAGAGCAACUCGCCUCCGAGCUCCCCAGUGUCAGUGACGCUGCCGUCUAUGUUCUACGUGGAGAUUCCGAUCCCGGACCUGGAGGGCACAAUCAGCCUGAACAUCGCGUUUGAGGCCAUCAACAAGCACCCGCAGUACAUCGCGAUCAUGGCCCCGAACGCUGCCAACAAGAGCGACAAGACUCAGACGACUCUGCAGCGCCAGUUGCUGGGCGACAAGGGCUACAACCAACUCGAGAAAAUGUUCAUGUUCCUGGCGUCCAUGCGCUCGAUCGUUAUUUCCGCCUCGAACUCGGAGAGCGACCUGUUGGUGUCGCGCUCGAACAUCAGUCUACAGAACAAGCUGCAGCUGCUGUCCAUUCUCAUCAACAUCCUUGCGUACCGCCUCAUGGAGGUGCGUCCGGAGAAGGUGCGCACGUUCAUGCGGAAGCUCCUGGAGGCGAGCAGCGGGUCUGCAACCGGCGCCAAUGAUGGCGAAAUGCACGAGCUGGACGCCAAGGUCUUCCACGACCUGAUGGUGGAGAGUGUCGAGCCGGGCGACGAGCUGCUGUCGACGGGACUGCCGCUGUUCCUCGCGCUUUGGCAGGUGCUGCACUACCACAUCGAGCAGGAGGUGCCGCACAAGCUUCUCCGAGCUCGCCUGGUUAAGGAGCAGUGGGAACUGCUGAACGAUAUCGUCAGGAGCUACGAGCUCGGCACGCUCUCCAACGAUAACACCGAUGGUGGCCAACCGCUGGAGGAGCGCUUCUUGGCCUACGUGGCGGUGCAGGCCACGCGGUGGCAAGCGACGCUGCUGCUGCUAAUCGACUCGCUGGCGCUAGCGUCGGAGCUGGUAACUCCCGAGCGGUUAGAGUUCCUCACUCGCAUUGGCGAGUACAUGGAGUGGGAAGGCUCCAUCGCACACGACCUGGCGCGCUACCAGCGCGACGCUACGGAGCGCGUGCCCAACGCGUACCUCUUCUGGCUGUCCCAGCGCGGGAUCCCCCACUCGGAGGGCAAGGAGUACGAGCGCGAAUUCCGAGGCGUGGCCGACACGCUGGCUGCCGAGAAAUGGGAUCAGCUGCUGAAGGAGGCACGUCGGGACUCGAGGGCUGCGGCCACCUUCUCGCUGCCGGCUGUGGAGCGCGUGAUCGGCCUCAUCCGCGAGAUCUACGGCGACCACAGCGGCCGCAGCAUCCGAAAAGAGUCGUUCUAGACCCGAGUCGGCGCAGAAGGGAGUCGAUUAUAUCCUCCCGGUGCGAAUGUCUUAGUGCGUAGUAAGCCUCCAAGAAAG